ACUCCGUUGCCCUGUUGCCUCGAAACCGCUGAUCCUCUAUUCUGCGACCUGCUGCCAGCCGACGGUGUUAUCAUCCAAAGUAAUGACCUGAAGAUCGAUGAGAGUUCUCUGACCGGCGAAUCAGACCACGUAAAGAAGGGCGAAACCAAGGAUCCCCUACUACUUUCAGGGCCAAGACCUAGUUAUGCACCGCUUGUAACCGGCCGACAUCUUAGAUCUAUUACCCCACCACCUCACCUCUGUACCAUAGAGAUCCGGGCCUAUCCGUUCAGUAGUGACGGAACUUCAAAGCUGUAA